AAGAGCAACACUGACCAUGACCUGUUGGUUGAUCCCAAAACAAGGGAUCCUCACGCUGUUGGUGCACCUGCCCACUCAUCCCAGCUCCACGAGGCUGCAGGGCUCCACACCCAACCCUGCGUCAUACUGACACGCUGGUGGAGGCACCGGGGGCUGGGGAGGGGCCAGAGCAGGUGAACAUUAACCUGGGGCAGUGCGAGGUGUCUCCAGCAGCGCAGCACCCCAGGAGCACACAGGAUGAGGGGACUCCGUGCCCACUAUCACCUCCUGCCUGACCAGGACGAGGAGCAGCCCACAGAGUGCACGGAGCCAAACAGUGAGGAGCAGCCAGGCUGGGAGGGGGCUCCGGUGACACCCCCAGCCCCAGAGGAGCCAUGCAGGCUGGUGCUGAGCACGCCAAGCAGCAUCCUGCAGGAAAGGGAGAUUGAGGAGCUGGGCCCCCACCUGCCCACCCGGCUGCAGCAGGAGCCCUGGAGCCUGCUGUACUGCACUGCGCGGGAUGGCUUCAGCCUGAGGACCCUGUACCGGUGCACCGGCCAGCUGAGCUCCCCGGCACUGCUGCUCAUCCGUGACACCGAGGCUCAGGCCUUUGGUGCCUUCUCCACCAGCCCCAUUCAUGUGAGCAGUGGCUUUUAUGGCACAGGGGAGACAUUCCUGUUCUCCUUCUCCCCGGAGCUAAAGGUGUUCAGGUGGACGGGCAGGAACAGCUUCUUCCUGAAGGGAGACACGGACCUGCUGAUGGUCGGCGGGGGCAGGUCCUUGUUUCUGGGUAUCUGCUUGUCCUCCCUUGCAUAGAGAUAAGCUCGGAAGGAGGACACUGGGGAGGAUCUUGGUGCCUGUCACGUCCCAACCUUCCCACGGGGUGACACAGCCCGGCCUUGUGCAGAGGCCCUGUCCUCUUUGAUGUUUGCUAAAUCUGUUUUUCUUUUGCUGGGAGUUUCUUAACCUAGGAGAACAACCCUACAGUAUGUUUUCUAAACCCUAACACUAUACCCACAUUGUUUGGAACAUUUAACAACUAUUGCAAUUUUGCAAGAAAGAAUUAACCACGUAAUUCGGUAAUUAUGUUCUGAAAUGUUACAGAAUACAAAUGCAUUAUGUUCUACUUCUUC